GCCCGGGCGCAGCGGCCCAGCCUUCCCUCCUCCUCCCGGGCGGCGCUUUUCCCGGCGCUUAGGGAAAUCGCGAGGUGGCGGAGGAGGAGCUGCCGAGUGACGCGCGGGAGGACACCGCGGGGAGGCUUCCCUCGAAGGCACCCUUGCCCACCUAGAGAUUCAAGCACUCCAUUAGCCACCUGGAUUUAAAAAAUGCAAAGGCAGAAAACCAAGGCACCCAUGAAACCCAAAGUAUGCAUCUGUGCCUGCAAGAUGUCACAGGAGAAGAAUGCAGCCAAAGCUGCUGCGAACAAGCAUCAGAAGCCAUUCCCAGUAGCUCUGGGCUACAAAAUGGAGCAGGCUUUAGUUUCUCAGUAUGUCCCUGUUGUCCUCCACCCUGGAGGACACAAGCGUGAGUCUCUCCGAUAUGCUUUCUACAACCCUAACUACUCCAACACGUACACACCAUUUUACACUUUGCAAAAACCCACCUGUGGUUAUCGGUAUUGUCGAGACACAGAUCACACGAGGAAGGUGAUGGAUGUUGAAAGAGUGGAUUUCUCAAAAUGGAAACCCAUUUUUGGGAAGAAGCCAGGCUUGUCUGCAGCAGGCUCAAAACACUGAAAUCGCCAUGCAGUUAACCUGGGACUUCCAUUCAGAGGCUUGAGCUCACUCAUUUUCUAAGGCCACUCAGAAGGAGAUUAUUGUAGGAACUUCAGAAGAAGCAGAUCUGCCUUAACAAGAGCUUCUGGGAUAAAUUGCAACAAAGUCACCCAAGUGCCACUAUAAAGCAGGUACCAAAACCCAGGUUUUAGUUGGCACUUUAAGCUAAGGCUCAUCCUGGAGAGAAACAAUAAAGGCACCUGGCUUUCCACCUUUUGACGUGAGUCAGCAGAAUGCAAAAAGUAGCAAAGCAGAUGAUCAAAAACUGUGAAUAAAACACCAAAAUGCAAA